UGAAGAUCCGUCUGCUGAGAUACAGGAUGAAUAAGUUAAUAAGUAAUUCCAGGAAGUUACAAAGGUUUAAAAAUGCUGACUUUAUAAAGCAAAGCUCUCACAAAGGGACAUUGUUCUCUAGCAACAUCAACAUGAGUAAAAACAGCUCUCCAGCCCCAGAACAGCCAUUGAGAUGCCCUGAUAACAGUGCAUUUAAACAACAGAAACUCCCUGCCUGGAAGCCCCAGCUCAGCCCUGCAUUGGUCCUCUCCACCUUCAUUGGAACUGGCUCCUUUUGCCUUGCUGUGGGAAUUGCACUUCUAUUGGCUGCAACAAGUGUCAAAGAAAUACAGAUUAACUAUUCAGAUAGAUGCUCAGAUUGUUCAAAACUGCGUGAAAACUCUUCUAACUGGGAAAAAGAAUGCUUCUGCUUGACCAACUUCACACUUCUGGAAAGUAUGCCGGGCAAUGUCUAUAUGUACUAUGGAUUACAUAACUUUUAUCAGAACCAUCGUCGAUAUGUUCACUCUAGAAGUGAUGCACAAUUACUGGGCCGGGAUGUAAAUAUUCAAAACAGUGCCUGCUCACCUUUCACUGUUUACCAAAACGGGACACCGAUGGCUCCAUGUGGUGCUAUUGCAAACAGCAUGUUCAAUGAUUCAAUAUCCCUUUUUUACUACCCUAAUUCUGCUACUGCUGUCCAAGUCCCAUUGCUGAAAAGAGGAAACACAUGGUGGACAGAUAAAAACGUGAAAUUUCGUAAUCCAACAUCACACAAUUUAUCUUCAGCAUUUGCUGGGACAGCAAGACCCCCAUACUGGCAGAAACCAGUCUAUUUAUUAGACAUGGAGAAUGAAGAAAACAAUGGCUAUAUAAAUGACGACUUUAUUAUCUGGAUGCGAGUGGCAGCCUUUCCUGCAUUCAAAAACCUUUACCGCCUCCUCAGCCACACCAAAGAAUUUGUAGAUGGGCUCCCUGCAGGAAAUUAUAGCCUACACAUAUCUUAUAAUUUCCCAGUUGCAAAGUUUGACGGGAGAAAGCAUGUUGUCCUCUCAACAGUGACAUGGAGUGGAGGAAGAAACCUUUUUCUGGGAAUAGCUUACAUCAUUACUGGUGCAGUGACCCUAUUGGCAAGCUGUGUCAUUAUAGCAGUUCACUUGAAAAUCAGAAAAAACACAAGAGAAACCCAGAAUCAAUUUAAAAAAUGAAGGAGGAACAAGAAUGCCUGGGGAGUGAGAGACUACGAAUAUGGGCUUUAACACCAUCAUUCUUGCUGGAUCAGAAGAAAUCUGGAAAUCUUAUUAAGGAACUCUAGCAAACAGAUUGAUUAGGCUACAGAUAUAUUAGUAAGUGUAUAUAUAUGUUAUAUCACUGUAGAACCAAGUCUAUCCCUAGUGCCUUCCCUUUCCAAUUCUUCAGUCACUUGUUAUAGCAGGACUAUGGCUUCCAAAGAUGUUCUCCUCAAACUACCAUAGGAUUUUAUUUCAUUCUUAGUAAAUCCAUUUAGGUCUAAUGGUUCAUGUGCAUUCUUGUUUACUUGAAGACAGUUUAAGUAAAGAGUCAUGUUGGUCUGCAGUAGAAUGGCAGGAUUAGAGUCCAGUGGCACCUUAGAG